AUGGUAUCAAUACCAAAACCAAGAUUACCAACAAGAGAAGAGAUUAGGAAAUAUUGGGUAAACGAUGGACCAAAAGCAUUAAUUAUCAUUCUCUUUGUUGCUGCCAAUAUAGCUUUAUUCCUUUAUAAAUUCAUUGAAUAUAGAUAUGAAAGAAGUUUAGUUUUUGAUAUUUUAGGAUAUGGUGUACCAGUAGCAAGAGGUAGUGCAAUGAUGUUAAAAUUCAACUCUGCCAUGAUUCUCAUUCCAGUGUUGCGUAACUUUCUUUCUUUUCUCAGAGGAACUUUCCUCAACAACUAUGUACCAUUUGACAAAAACAUCAUUUUCCAUAGAUAUAUUGCAUGGGUUAUUUGUCUUGCUACUUUUGUUCAUGUAAUGGCACAUUUCCGUAAUUUCCAUGUACAAUCAACAACUGAUUUAGCAGAUUUAAAAUUAAUAGGUAUUCAAGAGGUGCCAACUACUUGGGGAUUGGCAUUUAGAACAUUGGCAGGUUGGACCGGUCAUGUUUUGUGUGUUGCCAUGGUACUCAUGUUCACCUCUGCCAUCGAGUCGAUCCGUCGACCAAUGUUUGAAAUCUUUUGGUUCACUCAUCACUUGUUUAUCGUCUAUUUUGGUUUGCUUGCCGUUCACGGUCUCAGAGGUACAUUGGAAACAUCUACCACUUGGAUGUGGAUCAUUGGACCAUGCGUAUUAUACAUUCUAGAAAGAAUCAUUAGACUUGCAAGAUCAAAACAAACAACAAUGUUAAUUAUGGCAAAACAACAUCCAUCAAGAACUAUUGAAUUACGUAUGAAGACUGAAAGAUUUAAAUACAAACCUGGACAAUACUUGUUUUUGAAUUGUCCAACGAUUGCUAGAAAUGAAUGGCAUCCAUUUACGAUUACGUCGGCACCAGAAGAAGAUUUUGUGUCGUGUCAUAUCAAUGUUGUUGGCAAUUGGACUGGAAAAUUGUCGACAUUGUUGAACCCAGACAAGAGAUUGGGAGUGGUGCAAGAAAACCUUUUGAACUCACCCGAUGGCAAACCAAUCCUCAGAAUCGACGGACCAUUUGGUGCGGCCUCUGAAGAGGUGUUCAAGUACAAGACGGUCAUGUUGAUUGGUGCCGGUAUCGGUGUCACUCCAUUUGCCUCGAUUCUCAAACACAUCAAAUUCCAAUUGUCCAAGGCCUACUCGACCACAGGCAACACGAUCGAAAAGGUACAUUUCUUUUGGAUCUGUCGUGACCGUUCCUCGUUUGAAUGGUUCUCUGGUAUCAUUGGUGCCCUUGAAAUGGACAAUGUCAACAAUUUCCUCGAGAUUCAUCCAUACUUGACCGGCGCCCUUUCAGCACAGGAAGUCCGUGAUGUCAUGUAUGCCGGUGGCGAUGAAGAGGCUCGUGACCAAAUCACAGGUUUCUCGGCACCCACUCAAUUUGGUCGUCCCAAGUGGACAGAGAUUUUUGCCGAUUUUUCUCAGCGUUAUGCUGGUCGUGAUGUAGGAGUCUUUUUCUGUGGACCAAAGGUUUUAUCAAAAGAUCUUUAUAAACAUUGUCGUAAAUUUACUCAAACUACUUCUUGUAGAUAUCAUUAUAAUAAGGAAAAUUUCUAA